AAUGUUGGGCUUAAGCAUUGCCAUGCCUGCAAUGGUCAACACCUCAGCCCAGACCAAUAGAACCAACACCUUCGAAGAAGAGCCUCUGACUGUCUUCAAUGUCAACUGGAAUGAAACUCAGGAAGAAAUUAAGGCAAUGGCCCCUGUAUAUGACUGGAAUCCUCAAAUCCAGAGAAUCAUUUUCGGCUCUGUCAACUAUGUCUCAUUCUUCACUCCCCUUCCUAGUGGUUAUCUAUCUGGAAUAUAUGGAGCCAAGUAUGUGGUUGGAGUUAGCGUGUGUAUUUCGUCCAUCCUGACACUGUUCAUUCCACUGGCAACUGAUACUGGGGUGGUCUUGCUUAUUGUCCUUUGGAUAGUCCAAGGCAUAGCACAGGUUAAUGUAACAACAAGUCAAUACUCCAUUUGGAUCAAAUGGGCCCCUCCACUGGAAAGGAAUAAACUUAUUACCAUCGCAAUGUCAGGAUCAUCACUGGGGUGCUUCAUCAUUUUUCUGCUUGGUGGUAUCCUAGCUUUGCUAGGAAAAAUGAGUGGAUUCCUGUCAUCUCUGCCAUUUGUUUUGGGAUAUUUCUGCAUUAUCCUUGAAGGUAAGCUGGCAGAUCUUCUGCACUUCAGAAAGCUCCUUAAACUUAACACAAUCAGGAAACUCUUCACAGCUGUAGGGGUUCUUUGCUCAGGAGCCUUCAUCUUGUCUCUGAACUGGGUGAGAUCCAGCCAGGUCACCACCCUUGCCUUCUUAAUAGUGUCUUGUGUCUUUGGUACGUGCCUUUAUGUUGAAGUGAUGAUUAACAUGAUGAAUAUUGUUCCACGGUAUGCUGCCUUUCUCAAGGGAUUAGCACUGAUCUUUGAACAAAUAGCCGGAGCCAUUUCUCCAACUGUUUCUGGAUAUUUACUCAAUCAAGAUUCAGAAUCUAGCUGGAGCAACAUCUUCUUCCUUUCAAUUGCUAUUAGAUUAGUUGGCUUGAUCAUCUACCUCAUCUUUGGAAAAGCAGAGGUCCAGGACUGGGCUAGAGAGCAGUCAUUCACCCAAUUCUGAACCAAACAAGGGACACCUUACAUCCGGAUGUAGUUGGUUCAUUGUU